AAUUAUAAAUUUCUUACAUCUUCUUUCCUUUUUCUUAUCGCAAAUCUCUUGUUUGCACAAAUACCCCCAGUAUCUUCCUAUAUUAAAAACAUCUUUAAUCUUAUGCAUGUGAGAGUCGGUUUUCUGCCAUUCCGACUUCCUCAUUGCCCCUCAGCCUCUCCCUACAGAAUUCAUAUAUAUUCCGUUUUCCUAUAGAUCGUCUUCCUAUAGAUCGUCUUCCUAUCUUCUUUUGAGGACAGUUGUUAUCCUUAUAUUCACUUCACUUAACUCUCCAUACCUAUCGAUCGAGCCAAGGACCCCUCGGUUUCUUCCAGCCAGCCUCCUUGAUAAGGCUGGUGAAGCCCGUUUGCUUGUAUCAUUUGCAUCAAACCUAGACAUCACCACCACUUGGAUAUGAUAUAUUAAUCCCUCCUCCUCUCUAAUCGACCAUCAUCAAAAUGGCCGAAGAUCCAAUUACAGAUAUCUCCCCCAAGGGAGCAACUCCAGAACCACAAUCAUUCUUCAUUCGAGAUUCUGCUCUAAACUCUCCAACAAACGAAAAAGAAGAUGGAGAUUUGGAAGAACCCCAUGUGAAAGGUCGACCUUCGAAAUGGAGUAUGGGCAUUUUAAAUGUGCCUAAUACUCAUGAAGUUCCUGGUAAGAUUUCUUGUUAAUCCUUCCUAAUUUCAUACAAUUUCUAAUGGAUCAACUUCCCAGGCUCGAUCCUCUUACUCACAGGUAAACGAAACGAACCAUUAGGUUUGCGAAAUGCUCCGGCUAGAACUUCAACAUCUACACUUCCACCUCAAACUCCAUAUGAUAGAAGUCGUGCAGCCUCAACUUGGUCCGAAAAGAAAUUAACAAAAGAUGGCUCGACCGUUUUGGAUCCUCAACCAGAAGAAUCAAGUAAUGAUCCUCUUAAUUGGCCUGUGUGGAGAAGAGAUGCAGCAUUACUUUCGCUCGGAUUAUACUGUAUGUUAGGAGGUGGUAUGACACCGAUUUUAGCUGCGGGAUUUACAAACGUUGCAUCUACGUACGACGUUACAACCGCCGAUGUUGCACUUACAACUGGAUUGUAUAUGAUGGGCCUUGGCGUUGGUUCAGUAUUUGCUUCCCCUACAGCAAUUCUUUACGGAAAACGUCCAGUCUAUCUUGGUGGAGCAAUUCUUUUCAUCCUCUCUUGUGUGUGGUGCGCUCUUUCACCUACAUAUAUUUCACUUCUCAUUGCCAGAAUCGUUCAAGGUAUUGCGCUUAGUCCAGUCGAAUGUUUGCCAUCUGCUACAAUUGCCGAGAUUUUCUUUUUACACGAACGUGCUUAUCGUAUUGGGAUUUAUACUUUGUUACUUCUUGGUGGAAAGAAUUUGGUACCACUUGUCAGUGCUGCUGUCAUUCAAACACUUGGUUGGAGAUGGGUAUUUUGGGUCGUCACCAUAAUUGCUGGCUUUUGUUGGAUACUCCUUUUCUUCUUCGUUCCAGAAACAUUCUGGGAUCGAACACCACGACCUAAAAGAUCUCGAUCUAGAAGUCGAAGCAGGAAAAAUUCAAACAUGUCACAAAUAAUUCAUACUUUGGGAGCGUUCAGACGUUCCUCAAGUAGAGUUGAUGUAGCUCAUCAACCUCAACUCGAUGGAACCGAAGGAGAACAACAACCAAUGAGAUCUCAAAUACAGGUGCGACCAACUGAACCAACUCGAAGUAUGCAUGUUGGUUUCGUUCCCGAUGAUAUGAAUUCAGAUUCAACCUCAACAAAGAUUGAUGAAGAUGAUAAGCAAGAGAAAGAAGAAAAAGAUGCUAUUACUAGGCCUACAAGUCCUCUCACUAGACCUAGUCUCUUAGAUCAUCACGGUAAGCGAUAAUCUUCUCAAAUGACUCGACACCAAGCUAACAAUCUCCCGUGUAGCACAUGUAUCAUUUGAUCCUAACACUACUCGACCCACUAGUCGUGAUCAUCAUGACUUCACACAUCAAGAAGACUCAACAGGGGUACCUACUUUACACAAUCUCAACUCACCUGACUACAAUAAUGUGGAAAAGUCGGGAGGAAGUAAUGUCGAUCGAGGUCGUCCAAUGGAAAGAGACACAUCAGGUGCAACUCUUCGACAUAUUGAAGAAGGUGCUUCUCGUGAAUUAUCCAUUGGACCACAAUACACCAGAGAACUUCGAGAAGGCCCGAGACAAACAUUCACACAACAACUCAAGGUCUGGAAUGGUCGACUGUGCAAAGAUAAAUGGCUCAUAGUAGCCAUGCGUCCUUUCAUUUUAUUCACAUAUCCGGCUGUUUUAUGGUCUUCUAUUGUAUAUGCCUGUUCAAUAGGUUGGCUCAUCGUUUUAUCCGAAUCUGUCGCCGUCAUUUAUCGAACAAAAGAAACCUACAACUUCUCUGCUCUAUCAACUGGUUUAAUCUACAUCUCACCAUUUGUUGGUGGUGUACUAGGUACGGCUGUUGCUGGUAAAGUCAGUGAUGUUAUUGUACGCGCCAUGUCUCGUCGUAAUGGAGGUCUAUAUGAACCUGAAUUCCGUCUGAUAAUGGCAGCACCAGUCGCACUUACCACCGUUAUUGGAUUAAUGGGUUUUGGCUGGUCAGCUCAUGUUCAUGAUAAAUGGAUUGUACCAACAAUUUUCUUCGGUAUUAUCUCAUUUGGUUGUUCUCUUGGUUCAACAACAGCGAUCACUUUCUGUGUGGAUAGUUAUCGACAAUAUGCAGGAGAAGCAUUAGUAACUUUGAACUUUAGUAAGAAUAUCUUUCAUGGAUUGGUAUUCAGUUUGUUCUUUACGAAAUGGUUGGAGAGAAGUGGAAGUAAGAGUGUUUUUAUUUGGUUAGGAGUUAUUCAAUUAAUUUUGAUGGCGGCCAGUAUACCAAUGUAUAUUUGGGGAAAAAGAGCUCGGAUGUGGACUGUUAAGAAGAAUUGGAUUGAGAGAUUUGGAGAGAGGUGGGGAAAAUGAGUUGAGUAGGGGAGAGUUUGAGUGGUUGAAUAGUGAGGGUUGAUGAUGAUGUUGUGGAACUAGAAGGAUGGAAGGAGAUAGAUUUUCAUUUCGAUUGGUUUAGCGAUGGAGUUUCGGUUUCUUUCCUACAUAUGCAUGAUGGAGUUAAUUAUGAAAGUUCAUAUUUAGAAUAUGGCGCCGGUAUAUAUAUUUGGAUGUUUCAAUGGUCUCGCAUUGAUAACUCUUUGGUUGGAAUGGGAGGGAUGGAUGGGAUGGGAUGGGAUGGGAUGGGAUGGGAUGGGAAUUGUGAUAAAUUGGCAUACACAUGCAUCGCAUUGCAUUGAUAUGAUUUUUUUUUUCAUUAUGAUUAUAAUUGAAAAGGAGUUUGAGUUUGCAUUAUACCAUGAAUGGAUGGAUAGUUAUGAGAGAUGAGAUAGGAGGUUAUGAGAUGAGGUUACGGGAGAUGAGAUGAGAUGAGCAGGCCUGGACUUGAAUGAAUUGAACACCUACCUACCUACCUAGCACAUACCUGGCGUGGAGAAUUGAUA